GUAUAUAUUUAAAUGGGGAAUCUCUGUCUCUGCACAUGUAUUUUGUACUUUAUAUAUACAUAAAACGCGUCGAUAUAUAAAUUAUAUGUAUAGGUAUAUAUACCGCGGCGGGGGCGCUCGCGCGCGCGCACACACACACACACACAUGCACACAUAAACAUUAUAUUCCGAUUGAGUGUCGAUAACGGUGAUGAGGGUGCACGGGGUGGAAAUAGUGCGCGCAAUCGCCGUGUAAUCGAGUGAUAACGCGUUGCCGCCGCCGCCGGCGUCGUGUGGACCAGUUGAAGAGAUUCGCGUUGUCGUCGCCCGCUCUAUGCUGCUGCACGCCGCGGCCGCGCCGUUCCCUGGCUCAGCACCGACCGUAUAACAUUAGACCGUUGUCGCCGUCGCGCACUGCGCCACAACGCACCAUCGCCGAACUAUCUGCUGCCCGGGGCCUCCGCCGAUGGACUCGCGAGCGUCUUCGCUGUCGCCGGUGAUCGACCCGGACGACUCGAGAUCGCCUCCCGGAUCACCUGCACCGCCUGCGCCGAUGACGCUCCUGCAGCCGCGCCAGACCGCCGUCGGACUGCACGCUCACGGAAACCACAACAAUAACAACAACAACGACGUCGACGAUGACGAAAUUGACGACGACGAAGACGAUGACAUUGACGACGACGACCGGCGAUCGUCCGGCGCGACAGCCAAAUCACCACAUGCACGCGCGCCGCCCUCGCCGUCUGACCAUCACCGGGCGCUGAUCGCCGGAAUCACUGCCGCCGCAGCCGCAGCCGCAGCCGUUGCAGAUUUCAAGGAGCCCAAAGAAGAUGGUGUGGAAGACUACCGCCAAACGUUCGAUGGUUCAAAAAACAAUAACAGUAAACAGUUAAAUGGUCCGUCCAAUAAACAGAGGCGAAGUAGGACCAACUUCACUCUUGAACAGCUCAACGAACUCGAAAGGCUUUUUGAUGAAACACACUACCCCGAUGCAUUUAUGAGAGAAGAGCUUAGUCAGCGCCUUGGUCUCAGUGAAGCCAGAGUACAAGUAUGGUUUCAAAACAGACGGGCCAAAUGCCGAAAGCAUGAAAGUCAGAUGCAUAAAGGCUUAAUGAUGCACCAGAACGUAUCUACGCCUCUAGAGCCGUGUCGAGUGGCCCCGUACGUAAACGUGCCAAGACUGCCGCAGUUGCAAUUCAAUUCAUCGGCUGCAGCUGCGGCCGCGUUUUCUGCGUUCGAUCCAGCCAUAUUGACUGCCGCACAACAGGUAAUUUUACAUUAUGCAGUGGCCAUGGGAAGAGGUGUUCUGUGCCCUGCGCCAUAUCCUCCGGGUGGUCUGAGUCUAGCUGCUCUUGCAGCAUUACAUCAAGAUAGACUGUUAACCAAAAAUUCUAGUAUAGCUGACUUGCGGUUAAAAGCCAAAAAACAUGCCGAAGCCAUUAGUAGAGACCAAGAGAUUGUUUAACAUUAGGCAUGACUUUUUUUCGUUAUGUUUUUUUUUUAUAUGGUACUGUCAACAUUUACAUAAUACUUUCAUGCUACUUCGAAACAUCAUAAUACCGCACCCACGGCCACGGUGAGAACGGUGACACAGUUCAAAAAAUUCCCAAUCUUAAGUCUAUACUAUGUUGUUAUUAAAUACGUAUGAUGUACCCUUGCUUGCACGAUAAACGAUUACCUCAAACUUUAAACUUAUCCACCAUUGAGCAGUUUUGUCAGUUUUACUUUUAGACGAAUUUAUAGUAAUCACGGUAAGAACGGUGUCACAUUAGUGUUUCAAGACAAAUGUGCGGAGCUGUUGGUGAAGAAAAACGACACAUUUCGAGUUUUGACCGUUUUAGUUUUAUAAUUUGUGUUUGAAAAGUGACAUAUAGAUAUUACUUGAGGUGUCAUAACAGCAGACAAUGAUUUUAGAAAAGCAAAAAAGUGACAUAAUAACUCCUUUCGGCUUUAAUGGCGCGUUUAAUGUUUUGUCCUGCAAUGUUCCACAUCAUAAUAUUCAACAAGAUUUGAUUUACAGAUUCAUAAAACUUUUUUAGAAUAAUAACUCUUUAUAAUGUAAUAUAGUUUACUGCCAAAAAUACUUAUCUGAAACUUAUGAAUCAACAUAAGUUGUACCUAUAAUAAUUUUCAUAAUUUUUUUUUUUUUGAAAAUUCCAUUUUUUUAAUUGUGUCUCCUUUCUAGCUGGGGUGCGAAUUAUUUAAUAUGAUAUUAAUAUAUUGUAGGUAUAUAACUAUAUAAGCAUAAAUUAAAAAUAUUUAGUACCACAGGUUGAAAUUUAAACGUUGUUUUCAUAUGACUUAUUAUGAGUACCUACCUACCUACCUACCUAUACAGAAUAUCUAAUACCUAAUAAAAUUAUUAUAUAUUUUGUUCUCGUCGUCCUAUGUAAUAAAUACAUCAAUCUAAUAGGUAAUUAAAAUAUAUUAUACGCUAUCUAAUAAUGAACAUUGAACACUUAUUGAACUAAUAAUCUACCCGAUAGGUACUUAACGAUGAUAAUAACUUUAAUUUACUAUCAAU